AUGUUCACCGGUCUUGGCGUCGGAGUGGAGAAGAUUGGUUCUCCUACAUUCGAAGUCUUGACAACGAUCAUGUGUGACUUAUUCCAUCAGAAAUCAGCUGGAGUGAAAAAAGAAGACAUCAUUUCUCCUGACAUUACUCCCACUAAUGUUGACUUGUUCCGCCGUAGAAGAAAAGGAGAGUCUAUCAGCCUUGAUGGAGUACGCAAGGAUGAGUCGGUCGAAAGACAAUACAACGGCAGGAAGCCAGAAGAACCUAACGUAUCGACUGAAGUACGCAAGGAGGAGUCGGUUGAAAGACAAUACAACGGCAGGAAGCCAGAAGAACCUAACGUAUCGACUGAAGUACGCAAGGAGGAGUCGGUUGAAAGACAAUACAACGGCAGGAAGCCAGAAGAACCUAACGUAUCGACUGAAGUACGCAAGGAGGAGUCGGUUGAAAGACAAUACAACGGCAGGAAGCCAGAAGAACCUAACGUAUCGACUGAAGCUCCCAAGGAGGAGUCGGUCGAAAGACAAUACAACGGCAGGAAGCCAGAAGAAUCUAUCUUCUCGACUGAAGCUCCCGAGGAGGAGUCGGUCGAAAGACAAUACAACGGCAGGAAGCCAGAAGAACCUAUCUUCUCGACUGAAGCUCCCGAGGAGGAGUCGAUUGGGAGAAGAUACAACCGUAGGAAGCAAGAGAAAUCUAUCGUAUCGACUGGAGUAUCCAAGAUCUUCACUGAGGGCCUGUCGACUGGUGAUCUGCUGGUUGCUUCUGAGGAUGAGAAUGAACGAGGCCCUCACAAUUGUAUUGCCACCGAGGCUGAUACUUCUGAUAAGAUUGUCAUUCGUUUUGAUCCUAGUAGAGCUCGGUUGAGAAGUCUCAAGACCCAGGCGUUGUCGUGCCCAGGCAAGAUUCGUUAUGAACUGUAA